UAGGUUUGCCAAACCAGUUCCCCAAGGGGCCCCUUUAGGGAGCUAAAUAUACCAAAAACAGCUUCUUUUGUUUUUUCUUCUCUCUCUCUCUCUCUUACUUUCUCUCUCUACCAUUUUUCAAUGGCGGUUUCAUCUUCUAGAGCAAGAGCCAGAUCGAGCGGACCAGUGCUUCGCUCGCUCUCUCCCUCUGGAAGAUUUUACUCUGGAAAUUCAAAUCGUUCAUUGUCUUCUUCGUCGUCAGCGUUUGCUUCCUCUACAAGCUCCAGUUUUUCCACUCCGACGUCCUCUUUCUUCAACAAUCACCACCAUGACCACGAUAACCAUCUUCACCGACCUGGUUCUCCCACUCGUGUCAAUCUAUGCCCAUCCGCACCUCUUUCUUCAUCCUCCGUUCGAUUCUCGAUCGACCACCGUUCAAUCUCUCCCAAUCGGUCCAUAACCGUCUCGAAGCAUAGCGGUCCGAUAUCCAUGCCCAAGAAGAACUGUAUGUGUUCUCCGACGACUCAUCCCGGAUCGUUUCGUUGCAGUCUUCAUAAGAAUGUCGGCGGCAAUGGGAGUCACAGUGCGACGCCGUAUCCUUCGACGCGGUUGAACAUGCGCAGAUCUGCUAUGACGAAUUCUCUGGUUCGUAUCGGUGGCGUGGAAGGUGAGUGGGUGAAGAGAGCUUUGACCGCGCUGAUUCGGCCUUCUUCGCAUCAGCAGAAAAGGAGAGCUGGUUUUCAGCCGAGGCCAAGUCGACUCUCGGUCAUGUCGAAGGCAGAAGAUAUCUGAUUUUUUUGGCACAGUGGGUUGGAUUUCAUACCAUCAUCAUCGUCCCUUUGCAGCAUUGGGAUUUUCCGUUAUGUGUGCCUUUUGCCGUCGCCGUUUGUCAUGACGGUCCCGUUGGCCUCUACGUAAUCACCGUUCCGUUUUGUGUGCCGUUGGCUGCGCCGUUAUUGUUUAUCGGUUAUUUUUUGUGCGAGGUGUGAAGUGUGGACUGUUAUUAUUUUUAUGAACCAGUUGAAAAACAGUGCGUAUAAAACGGGAGUUUGGAUUCUCGGACUUUUCUUUUUUCCAAUAGUUCAUAAGAGACUUGAAGAAACAAUUAAGCACAAAAAGAAUAUUUAAAAUAAAAUAUAAUUGGGAAAAUUAAUAAUGUGAAAAUGUGUAAUAUAUUUUUAAAGUAAAUUAAUUAUUAAAAAUUCUCAAGCGUCAAAUAAAAGAGGGGAAAAUCGGACCUUCAACGCUAAGUACACAGCUUUUGAUGCCCCCAGGGGGGAACCAAUUACGAAAAGAAAGUAAUAUAGCAGUGAACCAAAAACCAAAAAAAAAUAAUAGUAAUAAAAAAAAAUGAAAAACAGAAAUAAUAUUAGAAGAUGUAAAUUUUUGUUGAAGAUUGAAACUGUGACAGAAAGGAAGAACUUAACUGCAACGCAAAGGAAAGGACAAAACUGAGAACAACAUUAAAAAUGAAAUUGUACUUGUCCCGCUCUAUGCGUGACAUGUAUUGAAUAAUAUUUAGCUAGUUAUAAAAAAUAUAUAUAUAUAUAUAUUUAUCUCUAUUAUUUUAAUGGGGUUGACAGGUUCAAUGUGGGACCACAUGGGUAUUGUCUCUAUGACGCAAUCAAAUCAGACGGCCGAAAUCAAAUUUUUGUGGAAAUCAAAUUUUUGUGAAAAUCAUUUAUGGAAAGCACGUUCUGGAGUUUGGUUUGGCCAUCAAUUCUAAACAUUUUGACAAAACUUGUUAUUGGAUCUGGGACGAAAUAAAAAGAUAUGAAAGAAAAAAAUAAUUAUAAAGAAGAAGAAAAAGAGAGGCUUGUAAGGCCGUUUGGAGUCCAAUUAAAUUAGAUUCAAAUAUUUUCCAAUUAAA